AUGGCGGAAGAGAAAAUGGAUAUAAUUGCGAUACUAGAAACCCACUCUAAGGAUAAUAAUAUGGCCAAUUUUAGUAAUUUCAUAUACAGUUCGGGCACUACUUUAAAUAGCUGGUCAGGGAUCGCCUUUUUGAUUAGUAAGAGAGUACACAAAUUUGUAGAUAAAUUUGUAGAUAAAUUUGUACCCAUUUCGGAAAGAUGUGGUUUGCUGUAUCUAAACACCUGGUUUAAACGAACGAUCCUAAUCAAUGUCUAUGCCCCUCCUCACAGAAGGGAUAGACUCUCCUUUCUAGACGAUCUUGAAAACAUUGUAUGCUCACUCCCUAGGAGCCGCAAUCUGAUAAUCUUGGGCGAUUUAAAUAUCAAAAUUGGGAAGGAGGAGUCCUUUAUAACUGUUGGAGUAAUUGGAAAUGCGGCCAUCCCACAGCCAAAUGGUGAGGAUAGCAGGAAGCUUUUGGAUCUGUGUAAGAGCCUAAACCUUAAAAUUGAAAACACCUUUUUUCUCCAUAGUGAAAGAAACACAUUAACCUAUAGGAGAAAUAAUAUCACCUCUCAAAUCGAUUUCUUUAUUUCCAACAUUCAUGGCUGGUUUACCGAUGUUAGGGCCUUGCUAAACAUUAAUAUUUCUGAUCAUAAGCUAGUCAGAGGAAGUAUCACCAUAAGAAAUUUAUGGGGCAACUCUAGACGACUAGCCAUCUCAAAUCAACCUAGUCCACCCCCCUGGAUAAUAAAAGCAAGGAAUCUACAGUGUUCAGAAGUUAAGCUCCUUUUAGUUCAAAACUUAAGAGCUAGGAUGGCGUUAAAUCAUGGUUCAUCGGAAUCAGAAUCCAUGGAAUAA